GGCGACAGAGAAGUGGCUAGUUAUCGGGCUACAUUCAGUCUGCUCUUAACAAUGAGAUCACAAGUGACAGGCGCCGAUGCGUCAGCAAUCAAGGUAGCUCAUUCCUAUAUUCAGUCAUUCGCCUUCCUUGUCGAAAUCGACCUGCAAUCGCUCUUUCUUGUUGGUAGCUGAAUAAGGCACACCCCGGUAAAUCUGGUCCUAACUUUUGAUGCCCCCGAGCUACCCAUCAGCUUUCCCAUAUCACGUCUCCAGACAGAUUUUCCAAAACAGACAUCUAUAUCCUCUUAAUAGGAUUACAAAGACUAGUUUACAACUACCCGAAGGCACUACUAUACUAAACGGGCGAUAACAAAGACAGAGAAACGAGAACACCAAGAAGAAAUCAACACCAAUCCUCAUUCGUACGAAAACAUGUCCAUUAUUACACCUGAACCCGAAAUACCGCGGUCGGAGCCAGGGGAAAACUCGUAUGAUAAACUUGAGGAGGAGCCAUCGGUGUUCUUCAUAUAUUGCCCUGAUCCUUCACAGCUACCUCUGACUCAAGAAUGGACGGCCUUGGUGAAGGUGAAGUGCAACAACGUACCUUUGCUUAUGACCCGUGGGUUCCACUGGGAUCAUACGAACAUCAUACGAGAGGAGGGGUUCUUUGAUCAUGACUUCACAGAGUAUCAAAGAGGAGACGACAAGAAGUGGGCAGUCAAAAGAAAUUAUUUCCUUGAAUCGCGGCUUGAAGACCGACAGGAGGCUCUCCACUGGUAUGCUGCCAUUGAAGUCGUGGCGCUCCGCACUCAGGUAGCAUCCCGAUUUGACCUGAGCCAGCUCUCACAACCCACCAUAAGGGUGGCAUGGGCUAUGAACCGCGCAGGAAAAUUGAUCUAUUAUUGGCAUUUCGGCCGGAACGAUAUGUGCGUGAAUGCUAUUUAUGACCAAAUGGUUUUGGAGGGAGGAUGGCCAUGGCCAAAAACCGCUUGUCCGGAACCAGCGCCCAAGAAGCUGGAAGACAAGUCAUGGCGCUCUCGAAAUUGCUCUGCCAAAUGCUAAUGGUGGCGCUUGAAACUGAGGAUACUCACCGUAGGUCACCCUCAGUGGCCCUCCUCUUCCUGGACCAGCUAAAAAGUGUUAGUAUUGUAGGCGGAAUAGCUAUACAAAACUUAACACGUCCCACACUCCUUGCGGAGUACUUGUAUGAUAUUUGCCGUUGCACGGGGGUCUCGAGAUGUCUUGGUGUCGAGGGUAAGGUUACAUACAGAAAAUUUCUUUGUUGUAGCCUUAGGAUCGCAGCGCUUCUAAAGGAAAGUGAGAAACUAGCUAGGAAAGGGGGGAAACACAAAAGAACGAAGGGGGAGUCCUGGGUUAGACGGUACGGUUAUGUAUAGA